AUUGCUCAUAAUUUUUCUUUUCUCUCUAAAAAAGCAUGAGAAUGAGCUGCAAUGGUUGUCGAGUUCUUCGAAAAGGUUGCAGUGAAAAUUGCAGUUUAAGACCCUCUCUUCAAUGGAUCAAAUCACCUGAUUCACAAGCCAACGCUACUGUCUUCCUUGCAAAAUUUUACGGCCGUGCCGGACUCAUCAAUCUCAUUAAUGCUGGUCCCGAUCAUCUCCGUCCCGCAAUAUUUAGGUCUCUAUUGUACGAAGCUUGUGGCCGGAUAAUUAACCCGGUAAACGGUUCAGUCGGGUUAAUGUGUUCCGGCAAUUGGCAGCGUUGUCAAGACGCUGUCGAAUCGGUACUCAAAGGCUCAACAAUCAUGCAAGUACCAAUCAAUAACGAUGAUGAUGAUAAUAAUAAUAAUAAUACUGAUCAAAUUGUACCGUUAAAAGGUUGUGACAUACGACAUGUUUCAAAGAAUAACUCAGAUAACCAACAAGUCAUCAAAACUAGGAAUGGGCGGCUCAAGCGUAAGGGUACUUUUGAUUCUGUUGCUUCAGCUUCCGCGGAAGCUGAAGCAGCAGAGGAGUACUUGUUGAAGAAUCAACCCCCGUUGAAGUUCAGUAUAACGGGGUGGGAUCAAUUUGAAGAGAUAGAUGAUGAGUUGAUCAAACGCGCCGCGAGUCAUGACUCAUUUUCGGUUGAAACGGUUGAACCGACCCUGUUGGUGAACCGGGUUGACCCGGUGAAAUUGGAGGAAGAUGGUGAUCAUGUAGGAUUAGAGCUUACUCUUGGGUUGAUGAGUCCAACAUAAUAGUAACAGGCUGAUGACUCCCAAGAGCUCUUAUUGACGGAGUCGUUUGAUACCUUGACGUCGACUCAUCACAUCCUGAUGUUGAAAAACAACAUUUUGGGUUUUUUUAGUAAAGGGAAAACUAGUUUCCUUUUUUUAAUGGUAAUCUUUUUUGUUUGUUUUUGUUUUCUCUAGACUUUUUGUUUUUUGGGUUUUUUAUUUUGGAGGCAUAUAUACAAAUAGAUAAGAGAUAAGAAGUGUAAUUAUGUAGAGAUGUUGGUGAUCGAUCAAUGUACGAAAUGAAAUUGUCACAAUUAGUGACUAAGUGAUCAUUAAUAAUAAUAUAGUACUAUCUAA